UGUGUACAACACAACAACUUUGACAAACCAUCUUCCUCAUUUCUUUUUAAACCCCUCCCUCCCACCUUGUAAUAAUAACAUAAUAAUCUCAACAAACAUUGAACCAAAAACUAUACACACUUCAUCCCUUUUCUCUCUCCUCUCUCUCUCUCUCUAACAAAAUGGUUUCUCGUCGGAAUUUCGAGCCGAUAACGAAAUGCAGCACUAAAGACCGGUCCAACCAAACGGUGGCAGCUGACCUAGACGGAACACUCUUGAUCUCCACAAGUGCAUUUCCGUACUUCAUGCUCGUCGCUCUAGAAGCCGGCUCCCUUAUUAGGGCAUUCCUUCUCCUGACAGCUGUCCCCUUCGUCUACUUUGUCUACUUGUUCGUCUCCGAAUCCUUCGCAAUCCAAACCCUAAUUUACAUUUCCUUCUCGGGUCUCAAAAUACGUGACAUCGAGCUCGUCGCACGGUCUGUUUUGCCAAAGUUCUAUGCGGAGGAUGUGCGGCCAGAGACAUGGAAAGUGUUCGAUUCGUUCGGUAAGAGAUGUAUAGUGACUGCGAAUCCUAGGAUCAUGGUGGAGCAUUUUGUUAAGAAUUAUUUGGGUGCGGACAAGGUACUCGGUACGGAAUUGGAGGUGACGAAAAACGGGCUGGCCACCGGGUUUGUGACGAAACCGGGUGUUCUUGUUGGUGAUCUUAAGAGAAUGGCGGUUGUCAAGGAAUUCGGGCCAAACGUGCCCGAUUUGGGGCUUGGUGAUAGAGAGACCGAUCACGAUUUCAUGUCCAUAUGCAAGGAGGGAUACAUGGUGCCAAGAACAAGAACAGAGGCAUUGCCGAGAUCGAAACUUCUAUCGCCGGUCAUUUUCCACGAGGGUCGUUUAGUGCAAAGGCCGACGCCGUUAGUGGCACUACUCACGUUCCUAUGGAUGCCGAUCGGGGUUGUUUUAGCCCUAAUUAGGGUUUACGCCAACAUCCCUCUACCCGAACGAAUCGUACGUUACAACUACAUGAUACUCGGGAUCAAACUCAUCGUCAAGGGAACUCCACCGCCGCCGCCGCGGCCGGGCCGCGGCGGCGUCCUCUUCGUCUGCAACCACCGCACCAUCCUCGACCCCGUCGUGACCGCGGUGGCGCUCGGACGGAAGAUCAGCUGCGUCACCUACAGCAUAAGCAAGUUCUCGGAGCUGAUCUCCCCGAUCAAAGCGGUGGCGCUGUCGAGGGAGAGGGAGAAGGACGCGGCGAACAUACGGCGGUUGCUGGAGGAAGGUGAUCUGGUGAUAUGCCCCGAGGGGACCACAUGCAGGGAACCGUUUCUGUUGAGGUUCAGCGCGCUUUUUGCGGAGCUGAGCGAUAGAAUCGUGCCGGUUGCGAUUGACACGAAGCAAAGCGUGUUUUAUGGGACGACGGCGCGCGGGUACAAAGUACUUGACCCGUAUUUCGUCUUCAUGAACCCGAGGCCAACUUACGAGAUCACGUUUUUGAAUCAGUUGCCGCCCGAGUUGACGGUUGGUGGCGGGAAAUCGCCAAUCGAGGUUGCUAAUUAUAUACAGAAGGUUUUGGCGGGAACUUUGGGGUUUGAGUGCACUAAUUUGACUAGGAAGGACAAGUAUGUGAUGAUGGCUGGGACCGAUGGAAUUGUUCGGUCGAAGAAGUGAUAUUUUAAUUCGUGGAUUUUCAGAUGUUCGUGUUUUUUUUUUCUUUUUAAUUCAUCGAAUUCGAGGGGAAAAAAAUUGGAAGUGAAGAAGUUAAAUAGCAAGAAAUUGAAUUUGUUUGUAGGGCUUGUGAAAAUGGUGAUGCUUUGAUGCAUAAUUAAUAAUAGCCAAUAUGUAUAUUUGUUAUUCAAUUAUUGAUUAAUAGUGUUUUUGUUAUGAAAUUCUCUAAGAAUUUUCCCAUUGAAUGU